GGGGCCGGGCCGUAGCGACGCGGUUCCUGUCGCCGUGACAUGGGUUCCCCCUUGAUGGCGGUUGCCGCGGGAGGCCUCAGAUAACCGGCCGCGUCCCCUCCCCUCUCCCCUUCCCUCCCUCUCCCCGCCCGCCGCCAUGCCCGCCCGGGCUCCGCCGCGACCCGUGCAGCCCGCAGAAAUACAUUAACUUUUGAAGUGGAACUAAACAAUGGAACCAGAUAUUAUUCGAAUGUACUCCUCAUCCCCUCCACCACUAGACAAUGGAGCUGCUGAUGAUGAUGAAGAUGAAUUUGGAGAAUUUGGAGGAUUUUCUGGUGUAAGCACUGCUGAUGUAGCUUUUGCUGAAUUUGAUACACCGGACUACAGUCAUCCAAAGGAGGAGUUUAUACCCACAAAUCAUUUCAUCCCACUUCAUGAUUAUUCUGACAAUGUAGCUAGCAUUGCAACUUUCACAUCUGUUGAAAAUGGUAAAGACUGCAUUGCAGAGCUUCCUACUCUUACUAAGGAACUUUCUGAUACGUCAGCUACUAGUACCAGCAAAGAAAAAUUUAAGUUUAGACCUUCAGGUACUGCUUUAGAAGAUGUAAACAAAAGUGGGGAACAAAGAGACAACACUGGGAAAUUGGAGGGGUUUUCUUCUUGUGUCAUUAGAACUGGUAUAGCAGGUGAGAGCCAGGUUGAGCAAAUAGAUGCUUGUAAUGGUGAGAAACUUCCAUGUCUAGAGAUUCUAACAAACGGAUUUGCAGCAUUGGACCCUGUAAAUCCUCAGGGAACGGAAGAUCUAGACAGUAUUGGUGACUCAAAGGGACUGAAAACUGUUAGUGCCCAUAGUACUGAGCAAAAUUUGAACUCAAUGCCUAGCUCAGGUGAAGACUUUGCAGAUUUUGCUACAUUCUCAAACAAAAACCCAAUCCAUUUAGAGGGAACAGGACUUACAAUAUGCAGUGUUCUUAAUGAAAGAGACUCUCUGAGCAUUCAGGAGAACAACAGAAUAAACAGAGUAACUUGUAUUGAAGAAGAGGUUUGCAUUUCAGAAAUUAGUUGUGAACAGGGUCCCUCAGCACAGGAAGAUAAUGAAUUUGCAAUUUCUAGUACGUCUCAAACAACUGGAAGUUCAAUAUGCACUACUGAAAAUGGAGAACACAGUGGGAGGAGAAGAGAACAUGGCACAGAGAAUAGCAAAGAUUUUACUAGGCCUGAUGACUCUUCAGGAACAGAGGACGUCAAGAUUGAUAAGAUCCAAAGCCUAAGUAGUGAUCUUGCAGGAGAAAAAUUGGGUGAUUCUGAAGAUCUUAAGAUUGGUGGAAGUAGUACUGAAGUUGUAGCUUGCAGUGACACACAUGAUGAUGAUUUUGGUGAUUUUGGUUCAGUCAGCAGUGCAUCUCCCACCUUUGUUAAUGCUCAAGAAUCGAUAAAUGCUCUAGACUUAAAAGGAGCUUCCAAACAGCCCACACAUAUUAGUGAACCUAAUGAUGACUUUGGUGAAUUCAGGGACACAAGUACUGUUUCUCAGCAGCCAGCAAGGUUGGAUCAAACUGAACUAAAUCAGACUGCUGACAGUUUAGAAUGCGAUACUACCAGUAAAACUUCUGGCUUAGACUUCCAGCAUACUACUGAGGUAGAAAAUGGUGAUGAUGGUGAAUUUGGAGACUUUGAUUCAGUGCCAAAACCUCAAGAUGAGAGUGUUGCUUUUCAGGACUCUGACGACUUUGCAGACUUCAGUUCAGCAGCUUGUAACCAGGCUACAGACUGGAAUGCUUUUGAAGAUGAGCAAAAAGACAGCUGUUCUUGGGCUGCCUUUGGAGAUGAGCAAGCUGGAGAAUCUCAUCACAGAAAAGAGACAUGGCAGUCACAUAGGACAGAUGCAUCUGCCAGGAUUGAUGAUCCAGUAUUACACAAGACUGACAGUUUUGCUUUAGCAUCUUUCCAAGGAACUACCAGUAAGCAAUCUCAAGAGCCAGCAGCUUCAGUUCAGACAACAUUGCUAAGUCGCCUGGAACGAAUAUUUGAAGUCUGUUUUCCUUCUGUACCUGUUCUUGAAAUUGAAGAAGAAAUAAGUUCCUUGAAUCAUUUGUUGGAAGCAGGUGAAAAGCAGACGACAGCUGAGAAAACCUUAGCAAAUAGUGGGGAACUGAUGGAUGUGUGGACAGAGCUGCAGGAUAUCCAUGAUGCAUAUGGACUGAGAUACCAGUGGGGUGGCUCCCACAGCAACAAAAAGCUUUUGCGCUCCUUGGGAAUCGACACAAGAAAUAUUCUCUUUACAGGCAACAAGAAACAGCCUGUUAUAGUACCCAUGUAUGCAGCAGGACUGGGUAUGUUAGAGCCUACCAAGGAACCUUUGAAACCAAUAUCUGCAGCAGAAAAAAUAGCUUCAAUAGGACAGACACCUCCUGUAUCACCAGAGAUGAACACAUGUACAUCUGAUCAGUUCCAGACUUUGCAGGUCUGAAGUAAAAGGCUGUAUCAAGGCACAUCAGGUGUAAGAGAGAAUGGCUGCUCAAACAGGCAACCUCUGAUUGUGAAACCUGAGACAGGUACCCUUUACUUUUUUUUACAGCAUCUGCUAUAGUGGGCUUUUACACCAUGGCCAAGUCUUCAGUCAGUGCAAUUAAAAUAUACUCCAGUGCUUGUUAAAAAGGUUGCUGUCUGGACUUACUGUUGACUGCUUUGUCUUGAUUUUUACGUUGUUCUCUGGUUAAUGUUGUUUUAAAGUUUAUUUACCUGCUUCUCUUUGGCUUUCUUGCAAAAAGUUACCUAGAUAAUUCUGCUCCUUAGCUAUUGCUUCAAAGCAUCUGCUUCUCUCUGUUUGGGACUGUGUCUUUGGUAGAGACUAGUGGUAGCUUUGUCCCAGCAUACAGGAUAACUUUAGGAUUUCUUACCUGCCUAGUUUUGCUUAGUAAGUUUUAUAUUGGAAUAGACCCAGACCUUUCUAGAAGAAAAUUACCAGUAAUUCUUUCCUGCAGGUGCCCAUUACAGCACAUCUGCAUGCAUGUAAGCCACUGAAUUAGAGAUCAGGUUAUAACAGAAAUAUGUAUCUUACACUUGCUGGCUAUUAGGGACUGAACCUUAAUUAAACCCCAUGGGGUGACAGUCUUUAAAAACACUUUUAAUUACAUAAGGGACCAUCAGGACUUCUAACAAUGACAGAUGCAAACUACCAUAUUAUUGGCCACCAGCCAAAGGCUCCAUCAUGGAACUACUCUCCAGUUAUACAUAUGAGAAAGAUCCAAGAAUAUAUGUAGCUUUGACAGAGUAAGAGAAAGAUUUGCAGGUAAGAGAUAUUACAGAACUUGCUAUUCUAUCAGAUGUGACAGUCGCUUAAAGGUGGUGUCUGGGAAGAAUAAUUUUCAGAACUAUUGUAAUUUUGUCAAUGAAUACACACAAUGAAAUGUAUUAAUUACUUCCUUGUAAACCUUUUUCUGAAAUGUUUAUGAUGUUUAUUUGUGGGAUCUGUCUAAAUACUGAUAUUAUAUUUGUAUUACAAGCCCUUCUAUUUUUCCCCCAGCUUUAAGACAGCACAAUACUUCCUUUUUUUUUUUUUCCCCUUUGUUUAAUUUUCCUUGGGUAGUUAUUGGCACAGACACAAACAUUUACAUUUUACUCCUUUGGAUUAUAAAAGCUCUUACAUAAUACUAUUCUAAAAUUACUGUGUGAAAACAUCUCUCACUUUGAUAAAAGUGAAAUAUGAUGAAGUAAAACCAGCAGGCAUUUUAGUUUCCUCUUUCUCCCUUCCUUAACAUUCAGAGUAGUACUCUGACAGCUGAGUAUACUUUUUCAUUUCCGUACUGUGUCCUGUAAUCUAAGAUGGAGGGAGGAGUGAGAGCAGUUUGCCCCUUUUCCUUAAAGCGUGUUAUUAACAUAAUGGUUGUAAAUUCAGUAGUCUAGCAACCUUGCAAUCUCCAAAAGACAAAACAUUUUACUCCCAUUUGCAGGGCAUGUUCCCAUUGUCUGAGAUUUCAACGCUGUGUUCAGAUGUCCCAGUAUAGUUAGUUUUCUUAGGGCUGAGGUCAGUAGAAACAGAAAGCUUUUCCUUUCUGUUUAAUUGGCUUUUGCCUCUGCCCUUUCCUUUCAGUUUGUUUGCAGUUGUAUAGACCAGGGCUUGCCAGCAUCCUGUAUAGAUGGAGUCUAAUUUACUUGCCACCCCACUCUCUUGCAAGUGGUUGAAGUCAGCAGAAUGGUCUGAUUCUGCAGAGCAGACUAAUAUUCUUAGUAUACUCUUACUGAUUUGGAGUCAGAUGAUUUU